UAAAAACAACAUGGCGGACAGUGUCAAUCCGGGAACGUCGUGAUCGUAACGUGAAAUAAUGAAUUUUGUUGUUUUAGAAUAUGGGUGAAUAUGUGCAAUAAUUUACUUAACAAUUGUGUGCUAAGUGUUGUGUUUUAAUUGUAUUUGUGUUAUCUGAGUGUCAAAAUGGCCACGGAUAAGAUUAAAGUAGCCGUUCGGGUUCGUCCUUUUAACAGGCGAGAACUCGAACUGGGUACACAAUGCGUGGUGGAAAUGGAGAGUCAGCAGACGAUUCUGCAGAUUCCACAGUCGGCGCACGAGAAAGAAAGAAAACAACCAAAGACAUUUGCGUUCGACCACUGCUUCUACUCCCUGGACCCAUCCCUGCCACACUUUGCCUCUCAGAAGACAGUAUUCGAAUGUCUUGGCAGGGAUAUACUCGACAAUGCCUUCGAUGGAUACAACGCUUGUAUCUUUGCGUAUGGACAAACAGGUUCAGGGAAGUCCUACACGAUGAUGGGCUCGCCGGGGGCUGAUGAAGGUGGCAUCAUCCCACGGCUAUGCGACUCUUUAUUCGAGAGGAUCAAAGUACAACAGUCACCACCAGCACUUACCUACAAGGUCGAAGUGUCAUACAUGGAAAUAUACAACGAACGAGUACACGACCUGCUGGACCCAGAGACGACGAGGCGAUCACUACGCGUGCGCGAGCAUGCAGUGCUUGGACCUUACGUUGAUGGGCUCUCGCAAUUAGCUGUUACUUCAUUUCAGGACAUCGACAAUCUAAUGACAGAAGGCAACAAAUCGCGAACAGUAGCAGCGACUAAUAUGAACAGCGAAUCAUCACGAUCUCACGCAGUGUUUAGCGUCGUUCUAACUCAGACUUUGACUGACGCUGCGACUGGUGUGUCUGGUGAGAAAGUCGCACGUCUGUCGCUGGUCGACCUGGCUGGUUCGGAGCGAGCCGUCAAGACUGGCGCUGUGGGCGACAGGCUGAAAGAAGGCUCCAAUAUUAACAAAUCUCUAACAACCCUUGGUCUAGUAAUAUCGAAACUAGCUGACCAAUCGUCUGGUACAAAGAACAAAGAUAAAUUCGUGCCGUACAGAGACUCCGUGCUCACGUGGCUGCUCAAAGACAACCUUGGAGGGAACAGUAAGACUGUUAUGGUCGCUACAAUAUCACCAGCUGCGGAUAACUACGAAGAAACACUAUCAACGCUGCGAUACGCCGACCGAGCGAAACGCAUCGUCAACCACGCUGUAGUGAACGAGGACCCGAAUGCGCGUAUCAUUCGGGAACUACGCCAGGAGGUGGAGACGCUCAAGGAGAUGUUGAAGUAUGCCACGGUAAGUGGCACGGGUUCCCCUGUGGGUGAAGAAGUACACGAGAAACUGGCACAAAGCGAGCAUCUGAUGAAGGAAAUGUCAAGGACGUGGGAAGAGAAACUGGUUGAAACUGGUCGGAUACAAAGUGAGCGUCAGCAUGCGCUAGAAAAGAUGGGCAUCAGCGUGCAAGCGAGUGGCAUCAAAGUCGAAAAGAACAAAUAUUACCUGGUCAACUUAAAUGCGGACCCUUCGCUCAACGAACUCCUUGUAUACUACCUUAAGGAUCGCACACUGGUCGGAGGAUCUAGUUCAGCAGACAUUCAGCUCUCCGGUCUCGGUAUCCAACCGGAGCAUUGUCAACUUCUCGUCGAAGGCGGAGGCCUACACAUGGAACCUCUCGGUGCUGCGCGGUGCUUCGUCAACGGCACUCCUGUAGUCUCCCGAGUCAGGCUCGGACAUGCCGACAGAAUAUUGUGGGGAAAUCAUCAUUUCUUCAGGGUCAACUGUCCUAAGGCUACCGAACAAGAUUCUGGUUACUCCACAGCGACGGCCUCCGAACCCCAAACUCCUGCGCAACCUAUCGACUACAACUUCGCUCGGGAUGAGAUUAUGCUGAAUGAACUUAGCAAUGAUCCGAUUCAGACUGCGAUAUCUAGGCUUGAGAAACAACAUGAAGAGGAUAAACAAGUGGCGCUAGAAAAACAACGGCAGGAAUAUGAGCGACAGUUCCAACAGCUAAGAAAUAUACUAUCGCCUUCAACACCAUAUCCUCCUUACGCGUAUGAUCCACUCAAACUAGGUAAAAUGACAGCUUGCACGCCAACCACGGCGGCCCGCGUAGAGCGCUGGGCGGCGGAACGUGACGAUACGUUCAAGCGGUCACUCGGACGACUCAAAGCUGACAUAUUGAGAGCCAACGCACUCGUACAGGAAGCCAACUUCUUGGCUGAGGAGAUGAGGAGGAACACUCGCUUCAGCGUCACACUGCAGAUACCCCCGCAGAAUCUUAGUCCUAACAGAAAGCGCGGCGCGUUCGUAUCAGAGCCAGCGAUAAUGGUGAAGCGUCCGGGUCGUAGUGGCCAGGUGUGGUCGAUGGAGAAGUUGGACAACAAGUUGGUGGACAUGCGCGACAUGUACGACGAGUGGCGCCGCACGCAGCUGAGGGGGGACGCGGACAUCGAAGAGGUACGACUGCCCAGCGGAGACGGAGAACAAACAGAGACAGCAUUAGACCCGUUCUAUGAAUCGCAAGAGAAUCACAAUUUGAUCGGAGUUGCGAACGUGUUCUUGGAAGCUUUGUUCCACGAUGUAACGCUGGACUACCACACGCCCAUCAUCAGCCAACAGGGAGAGGUCGCCGGGAGGUUACAGGUGGAAAUAAGUCGAGUGGCGGGCCAGUUUCCUCAAGACAGAAUAUGUGAAGCUGCUUCCGACAGUUCCGGGGAUAUGAGAGACGAUGAUGACCCGGCUGAUACAGCGACGCAACAGGUCACAAUCCGAGUAUCAAUAAAGCAGGCAACAGGUCUUCCACCAUCGCUAUCCCACUUCGUGUUCUGCCAGUACUCGCUGGGGGCGGGGGAGCCAGUGGUGGUUCCGCCAGUAGUGUCGGCGGACACGCCCCCCGCAGCCCCGCAAGCCCCGCCCCUUUCCCCCAGGCACCAAUCACUCGUCACCUUCCGAUUUGACCAUAAAAAGGACUUCACCAUUCCAUUGACUGAAGAGUUCAUUGAACAUUGUGCUGAGGGUGCCCUAUCAAUCGAAGUAUGGGGCCACCGUUCGGCCGGGUUCAGUCGCGCGCGCGGCAACUGGGAGGUAGAGCAACAACAACUGGCCAAGGCGCGCUCACUGGCAGACCGGUGGACUGAACUCACGCGGAAGAUUGAACUCUGGGUCGAGAUACAUGAGCUCAAUGAUAAUGGAGAAUACGCUCCUGUUGAGGUGGUCCAGCGUAACGACGUAUGGACGGGCGGCGUGUACCAGGUCCGGCAGGGACAGCAGCGGCGGAUCGCAGUACGAGUGCGGCCCGCGCAUAAUUCCGGGACACUGCCACUCGUGUGCCAGCAGAUACUUAGCAUCGAGGUCGGCUCCGUCAGCGUCAGAUCACGCCUACAAAUGCCAUUAGACUCGUAUCAAGAUGAAGAUCUAGCAGUGUUACGGGAGAGGUGGAGCGAUGCGUUGUUCCGUAGACGACAACAUUUACAUGCACAAUUGCAGAAACUCGUAAACAUGUCGCCGUCGAUGAAGAGUGAGCGUGACAACGAGAGGGAACAGUCUCUCGUCGAACAGUGGGUCUCACUUACUGAGGAGAGAAAUGCCGUUUUAGUUCCCAGUCCGGGCAGUCCCAUACCCGGAGCGCCGGCCGCCUGGGUGCCACCGCUGGGCAUGGAACACCAUAUACCUGUACUGUUCUUAGAUCUCAAUGCGGACGACCUGACCACGCACCCGAGCGGCGAGGAGGUGACGGUGGCGGGGCUGCACUCGAUCCUGCCGAAGGAGCACGGGAACAAGUUCUACGACCUGCAGAUACUGCACCACCACGACAAAGAUGUCUCCGCCGUCGCCUCCUGGGACUCCUCCAUACAUGACUCACAGUACCUCAACCGGAUCACUGAAGCCAACGAACGCGUGUACCUGAUUCUGAAGACCACAGUUCGGUUGUCGCACCCCGCCCCCAUGGAUCUCAUACUUAGGAAACGUUUAGGGUUAAACAUAUACAAGCGACAGAGCUUCACUGAUCGGAUACGCAAGAAGAUUGUCAGUUAUUACGUGGACAGGACGGACCAGCUGACACACACCGGAGUGACGUACGAGGUCGUCUCCAAUAUACCGAAGGCGUCCGAGGAGUUGGAGGAGAGGGAGAGCCUCGCACAGAUCGCUGCUACUGGGGAGGAAGCUAGCGCUGCUGAUGGGGAGACUUAUAUCGAAAAAUACACUCGUGGUGUGAGUGCGGUGGAGAGUAUACUGACGCUGGACCGACUCCGUCAGAGCGUCGCCGUCAAGGAGCUGGAGCAGGCGCGCGGACAACCUAUCACCAUGCGCAAGACCGCCUCCGUGCCGAACUUCUCACAGCUGUCGCAGGCGCUGGAGCACGUCGCCAAGAACGGGAACAACUUGAUGCGACUGGACUCAUCAUUCGAGUCUCUGGCCGGGCUGGCGUCAGGCCGCGCCGGCAGUAUGGCGGACCUGGCGGAGGACACGCCGCGCCGCGCCGUGCACCGACACUCGUACGCCGCGCCCUCGCACAACGACCCCGAGAUACCAACACCCACCAAACCAUUCGGACUCGCCCGGCCAACGUUCCUAAACUUGAAUUUGAACCUGAACUCUCUGCGACUGCAGACGCCCAACAAGUCGUCUCCGGCGAGUGGCAAGCUUGGGUUGCGUAUGACGACGCUACACGAGGAGCCGGGCAGGAGGAACGAUGAGGACUCACAUUCGGAGCCAGAGUCGGCACCCGUUGAUGAGCUUACUACGCCACGGUCACAUCGUACACGCAACCGCGCUACUUCCCGCGGUUUCCUACCAACAUCGAAGACGUUAGACUCACUCCACGAGCUGGCGUGUGAACGAGUGCCCAACAAGAACUCACCCUCAAUAUCAUCCAGCGGCUAUGGUUCACAAGCAGUAUCAUCCACAAACCUGACGAACGACGACACACUUUCAAUCCGAAGCAUGUCCGUCGACGAGACACCAGACUUCGACAAAACAAUGGACUACACACACAUCAGUAGGACCAAGAAUUCCAUGGCUGGCCUUCGGAAUGAAAUCACGGAACUAAGAAACGAUAUCAAUGACUUGAAGAAUGAUAUUGUGGAGUCGAAACAUGAGUUAGACGAUUCUAUGUUUGAGAAGGCAAAGACGCCAGUACUUACGCCUGGUUCAAGGAAUCGCAUCAACCCGUUUUUGAGGGAUUGUGAGGAUACUGUUAAAGAUGAGUCGAAGAAUACAAUGGUGGAUCCUUUGGGAGCCCUCCCAGUGGAGAGUGCGGUACUGUCCAGCAGUAAGAGCGUUGACAAUACGCAAGUCAACGGUGAUGUGAGCCAUGAACCGCCGAAUGAUAUUUCACAUGACACCUCGCAGGAUACAUCGCAUGAUACGUCGUUUGGUGAAGCUGAAAUAGAAUCAGUGAGCUCUGAACAAUCAAGUCACGAUGCUGAGCGAAGCCGGGAAGCUUCGUCUGUCGGCGAGAGUGACUCGGCAUCUACCGGACCUGACCAACCUGUUGUUAAGACACAACUGCCGGCCGGCAAGGUUGUCCGUCGUCGUGCCGGCGGUAGUGCGCGCAAUGCGUCGCGUGCGUCGUUCCCCAGCGGACGGCCGCGCUCCGCGCACGAACCCGGCCUGCAUCAUACGCCCGCCUCCUCUACUGAACGGAUCGGGGACGACGAUUCGUCGGAGUGUCCAGUGCUACAGCCGUGGAUGUGUGUGGGAGAGAGCGUCCAGCUGCGCCUCAGUAGCAGUACGGGCGUCAUCGCGUACGCCGGGCCCACGCACUUCGCGGCCGGCACGUGGAUCGGGAUCGAACUCGACGCGCCCACUGGCAAAAACGACGGUUCAGUAGGCGGUCAGCGUUACUUCGAGUGCCGACCCCGUCACGGUAUAUUCGUGCGGCCCGACAAGAUCGUACACGACCGCCGCGGCCGCUCCGCGCGCGCCUUCCGGGACAACGAGCUCAAGCGGGCGCAGAGCAAGGGAGAAGGCCUACACAACUUACACAGAUCGCGGAGUCGCGGCGACAGCAUAAACUCUGUCGGCACCAAAACUAGGAUUAGCAAAUAGAGCAUCCUCCGCCUCGGCGUACAUCGCUCGCUCCACGAACCUCUCCACACAGGACGCGGACACAGCCGGCAAUGUAUCCGACCGAAUUUAUAUUUACGUCCCACACUACUUGUAUCAUAGAAUCGCAUUUUUCGUUGCAGUCGUGUAACUCGUAUGGUGCUUAUAUGUAUUGUAGAUGUUUAUUUACUACCCUUGAAGCAAUAUUGUUCGCCUUCGUUUUUAUUGAGUCGGGGACAGAGUAGGGGAAACCAGUCUCUGUUUUAUUGACCGCGUCAAUAGAAUGUGUAGACGUCGCCAUGUUUCCGGAUUGUUUGACUCUCGGUGUCCUAUAGGGCAGGACAUCGGGACACUGAGAACGCCCUGCAGAUGUUAGUACAGUUGGCUACACAAGUGGUAUGUCACCACGACAGUUAGCGACAAAUGUUACAUAUAUAUGAGAAACGUAUUUUAAAUCACUGCCUCUAUAAGCUAAGAGGAUAAUCACGUUUUGUCAUAAAAAAUAAUCAAAUUUAUAGCAAUAUUAUAGUCAAAUAUACUAUAAAGUAAGAGUCAUCUGUAUAUAACACUUGCUGUUUUUUUUAUCGUGUAUAAUAUACCACUUUUGUAGUGAACUGUCGUUAUGUUUUAUCGUAUGGAUUAAAUGAAAUUAUUUUUAAAUAUUUGUAAAUAAUAUUAUGGAAUUAUAAUGUGAUUUAAUUUUAUC